CGCUUCCUCGUUUGGCUCGAGACCAAACAAAGAAACAUUAAAACCGAUAGGAAUCAUGUUAACAAAGAUGAAUUUUUUUUUUUGAAGAUUUCUUUUUGUUUGAAGAAGAGAGGGAGAGAUAUAGAGAUGUGUGGGGUCCGAACCCGACUUGCGCGGCCCAGGCAUUUCCACAGAAAGUUAGUUCUCCUCCUUCCCAGUUCCAUCAUCAUCAUCUUCGUCGUCGUUCCUCCGUCUCGAAGCAACCUAUCACUUGCUCGAACUUCAAACGCAAUCCCCUGCGCGAAAGGACCAGAGUCCACUCCAAAACGCCUUCUUCCUCAAUUUCAACUGUAGAUCGCUAUCGGGCACCUGCAGUUGAAUCGUUUUAUGUAUUUUCUGCAAGAGUGAGUCCCCAGCAAUGAUUCAGCAGAGGCCGAGACGCAGGUGCGAAGGCACAGCCAUGGGCGCUAUCGUUUUCGAUCUUCGCCCCGGAGCAGGCAUCGGCCCAUUCUCUCUCGGAAUGCCGAUUUGCGAGGCCUUUGCUCAAAUAGAGAGGAAACCUAACAUUUAUGAUGUCGUUCAUGUUAAGUAUUAUGACGAGGAUCCCUUAAAACUUGACAUUGUUAUUAGCUUUCCAGACCAUGGCUUCCAUCUUCGCUUCGAUCCUUGGUCUCAGAGAUUGCGUCUUAUAGAAAUUUUUGAUGUGAAACGACUUCAAAUGCGUUAUGCCACGUCUCUAAUUGGAGGACCAUCAACACUAGCCACUUUUGUUGCUGUUUAUGCUCUUUUUGGACCAACAUAUCCUGGAAAGUAUGACAAAAACAGAGGAGUUUAUACCCUAUUUUACCCGGGGCUUUCAUUUGCUUUUCCGAUUCCCUCACAGUAUACAGAAUGCUGUUUUGAUGGAGAAGCGGAACUGCCUCUAGAAUUCCCUGACGGCACAACACCAGUUACAUGCCGUGUAUCGGUAUAUGAUAGUUCUAGCGGCAGUAAAGUUGGUGUAGGUUCCUUGAUGGACAAGGCAUCACCUCCUCCUUUGCCUGCUGGAAGCCUAUAUAUGGAGGAAGUGCAAGUUCAGUUAGGGGAAGAGUUGUGGUUUACUGUUGGUGGUCAACACAUUCCUUUUGGUGCUUCCCCACAGGAUAUAUGGACUGAAUUAGGCCGUCCUUGUGGAAUUCACCAAAAACAGGUUGACCAAAUGGUGAUUCAUUCCGCUUCUGAUCUUCGUCCUCGGACUACCCUCUGCGGAGAUUAUUUCUAUAAUUACUUCACACGAGGACUAGACAUUUUAUUUGACGGGCAGACUCAUAAAAUAAAGAAGUUUGUCUUGCACACCAACUAUCCCGGGCAUGCUGAUUUUAAUUCAUACAUGAAAUGCAACUUUGUUAUCCACACCUCAGAUUUUGGUGGUUCAUUUCAUCAGGAUGCUAACUCUAAGCACACUAUUACACCGAGCACGAAGUGGGAACAAGUUAAGGAAAUACUUGGGGACUCUGGUCGAGCUGCUAUUCAAACACAAGGCUCUACAAGCAAUCCUUUCGGAUCUACGUUUGUGUAUGGUUACCCAAAUGUUGCAUUUGAGGUGAUGAAGAAUGGUCAUAUUACCACUGUAACUCUCUUUCAGUCGUGACGAUAUAUUAGUGGCUUGUAGGAAUGGGAUUGGACAAUUGGCUGAUUUCUGUACGAAAGCAGUGGCACUCCCCUGGGAAGAGUGUCGAUGUAUAAUUGUGUCAUAUUGUACAGUUUAUUAGUUCUUGUAACUCAUGAUCACAAUUGGGCAUUUGUACAUAUAACAUAUAUCUGCUCUUUAUCUUUGUACAACAAUGCUAAUUAUACAGUGAUGUCACAUUCAUUUGUUGCAGCCUGAGUGGCUCUUUGGCUGUAUU